GCUUGUCUGACAUAACUUCGAAGACGAAAACGGAAAACUCGAAAAGUUUUGUCAAAGAAGAUGAGAUCUUCUCCAGAGUAACUCGCUGAGUCGCUGUGCUACCAAGCUGUCGCUGCUAUUUGCAUUUGUGCAAUUUGUUUGGGUAUUUACCUAAUCACUACAUGUCAGUUUAAACAAUAGGAACGUUGCCUUGAUACUCAUAACCUUCAGCAGUUGUUCAUAUCAGGAUAAUAAGCCGAGACAGAAUCACACUGUUCAAAAUACAUCAAACACUGAGUUUCAUAUUCGAUAUUGCUGCAAGAUGAUUGCGAAGUUCGUCUUUUAUAUCGUGCUAGUUGUAAUCAUUCAAGUAAAAGCGAAAGCCGAAGACGAAGUACCAACCUCCAUUAAGGAACUUCAACAUUUUUUUGGUGAUGGAACAUCUAUACAUGUAACAAAUGCUUUUUACGAAGACCUUGACAGUGAACAAGGUUUAGAAGCUCAAGCAAAAACGGCGUUGCGAAAGCAUUCCGCCGUAAACGAUUGGAUUGGUGGUGAUGAACAUACCUCAACUUUCGUUCAUAAUAUGAGACUUAUCUCCGAAACGAAGAUUGAAAAGGAGGAAGAUUUGAAGGUUUUAAAGACGAAAUUGUACACACCAGAAGAUUUUCAGACCGAGUUAUUAAUGGAUGGUCUUUUAAAUAACCGAGACGAUUCAGAAGAGGCAACAGCAGCUUUUGACAAAAGCUUCAUCACUUUGGACAAUAGCAUGGUACAGCUUUAUUAUACAGAUGACGGGGGACAAAUGAGCGGCGUCGUUGUGGCCGCGAAACGUAAACACAGCCCGCAUGCUGUGUAUUUAAUCUUUGUCAUGGAUUAAGGUGAUUAGCGAAAUGUGUAACUUGAUCCAUCUAUUUUAUUGUAUUGCCAAGUAUUGUGUGG